AUGGCUCCAAAACCGAGAGUUGUUCGCAUGGAAAGGGACGACCUUGCCUGGGAGAAAAGUGAUGAAGAGGUCGAGUCGUGGGAGAGGUCUCUUCACAAAUCGGACCUUUACUAUGGUAUCGCCAGCCUUAUACAAAAAUACAAGCCUGGCGAUGCUGUAGAGCUUCACACACCGAUCAGGGGCGGAUACAAUGUAUUCUAUCGGCUGGAAUACAGGGACGGCACGUCUGCUGCGAUGAAGAUCCCCUGUAAAGCUGUUGUCAAGUUCCCCGAAGAGAAGACCAAGUACGAGGUGGCUACAAUGCGUUACGUCGCGGCAAACACCACUAUUCCUGUGCCCAAGAUAUACCAUUACGGAACUGCGGCGGAGAAUCCUACUGGCCUUGGCCCUUUUAUUAUCAUGGAUUAUAUAGAGCAUGACAGGACACUGUCUCAUGCAUUAAACGACCCUGACCUUGAACCGGACGACUCCCACGUUCUGGACGCCAACAUCAGCGACCAAAAGCUUGAGUUUCUCUACAGACAAAUGGCCAACAUUGUCCUCCAGCUAUCUACGCUGUCAUUCCCCCGAAUAGGUUCAUUGGUUCAGGAUGAAGACGGAUUCCUUUCUAUUUCGGGACGGCCUCUUAUUCAGAACAUGAACUCCUUGGUUGAGUUUGCAGGGGUAGUCCCAUCACUACUACCAUCGCAACAAUACUGCACCUCAACGGAGUGGUACGCCGCCAUGGCCGAUAUGCAUCUGGCACAAAUAACGUUCCAGCACAAUGAUGCUGUUGUCGAUGAGGAUGACGCACGCGACAAAUAUGUUGCUCGGCAGCUGUUUCGGCGACUGGCAUCCAGCGGGCAACUUGCACGUGGAUUUGAUUCCGAGCAGCAGCCCCAUCGCGAAGCCACGUUUCGGCUGUACUCUGAAGAUUUACGCCCAUCCAACGUCUUAAUUGAUAAAGAUCUUCGCGUGGUGGGUGUUAUAGACUGGGAAUUUGCCUAUGCUGCCCCGGCAUCAUUUUCCUCUGACCCGCCCUGGUGGCUGCUCUUGAAGAGCCCGGAGUACUGGCCUGGCGGGUAUGAUUCGUGGAUGGAGGUAUAUGAACCCCGUUUGAAUACCUUUCUACGUGUUUUGGAAGAAGAGGAGAGGGAGAAGGAGGCGCAAAACUCAUCGUCUUGUACGAAAGACACGGGGGUGCCCCUUUCACAAUUGAUGAGAAGGAGCUGGGAGACGAAAACGUGGAUGAUCAAUUAUGCGGCUAGAAACAGCUGGGCUUUUGACUUUAUAUUUUGGAGGUACUUGGAUGGCGCCUACUUUGGGCAAAAUGAGGGUGAAGAUUAUCAAGGGAGACUGGACCUACUUUCAAAAGAGGAAACGGAGGCGAUGGAAGCUUUGGUCAAGAUCAAAAUGGAGGAAAGUGCCGACAGGACACUCAUUCAGUGGGACCAUGAUGGCGCCGUGGCCCAGAUAGCCAAGGUCAUGGUUUGA